AUGGCUGGAGUGAUACAAUAUUUUCGUGAUGAAUUUUUACCAGUACAUCAAAAUGCUGAAUAUAUUGAUCGAUCUAGUCUCGUUCAGAAAUUGAAAAAUUUUACACCAAUUCUAUUGCAAUGUACAAAACCAGAAGAAUCUGUCCAAAAUAUGCCAGCAGUUGUCAUCAUGAAUUUUUCCAGUAAUUAUGGCGAGAAAUUAAAAAUUUCAUUUCUUAAUAAAGGAUUUACAGCAUUGGCUAAUAUUAUUCAACGAAACGGUUCGAAUAUUCAUGCUCGUGCUCAACUAACAUUAAUGGUUCACAUUACGAAAAUGGAAAUGCAGUUAUGGUUAGUGGUAUUACUCUUUAUGAAAAUUGAAGAUUUAUCUGCACGUACAAAUCUGACACAACAGUUGGAACAGUGGAAAUCGAUUGCACUGAAAACCAUCAGCCAUCCUCAAAUUAUCAAAUUGAUUGAAGAUCUGAUGCAUGAAGUUUUUGGUCGAAAUACAGAAAUCAAGACAAUGACUAAAACUCCGAUACAAGUCUAUUUUAUUUCGAUCGAUUUUCCAACAUUACGUGGAUUUCCCGGCUUAAACGAAUUGCUCAUUAAUGACAAUUAUUUUUCGACUAAGAUUUUUGAAUGGAAAUCGAAUACUCGUCUAUUGAACUCGAUUACAAAAAUGGAUUUAAUCACCAUUGCAUUACAUGAAUGUGCUCACGUUCGGAUACGCCAACAAGUCGAUGAUAUCAAUAUGAGUCCCCGCAAAAUGUUGCAAUUUUGUCAGAUCAAGAAACCGAAAUGUGACCAAGAAUUUGGUAGAUUAGCUGAAAUGAUUUUAUUUAAAGAACAAACCACUUGGUUUCAAUGA